AUGGAAGAAGAAACCCUGGAAUCUAGAAUGAUGGGUGCUAUGAUGAACGCCAUGAAUAGAGCCAUGGCCCAGCAACAAGAGUUCUUUAUGAAGCUUUUGGAGGACAGAGACGGUAAUACUCGUAAGCAUGAAGCAGUUGCCGAGAAUGUAACUAUGGGGGGGGGGUCUGGAGGUACGGGAAAUGUAAUCCCAACCCAGGAACUAGCAACGAUCGAGGCGAGGCAAAUGGGUAGAAUUUGCUCUUACAAGACCUUACUAUGUUGCAAGCCACCGGAAUUUAUGGGGUCGGACGAUCCCGUGGCAUGCAUGAAUUGGCUCUGGGAAAUCGAGCAAGCCUUUCGGGCUUGUGACUGUGACGAGGGGCAAAAAGUGAAGUUUGGCUCUCAAAUGCUGAGGGGUGCAGCACUUACCUGGUGGAACAUUGCCAUCUCGACCAUGAAGGCCACUGAUUUGACCAAGAUGAGUUGGACCACAUUCAAGGAAAAAGUAAUGGACGAGUAUUGCAAUGAGCAAGAGAUGGACCGUAUAGAAGAAGAGUUCCGAACUUUAAAAAAAGGAAAUCUGACGGUAAGAGACUACACACGACUCUUCAUGGAAAAGCUAAACUUGGUGGGACACGUGGCCCCAACGGAGAAAGAUAAGAUGAAAACCUACCUUAAAGGGCUACCUGCAGACAUGAUGGUAAUGGUUAGAAAUUCUAGAGCAUCCACCCUCAGGGAGGCAAUCGAAGAAGCCAAGGUCUUGGAAUCAGUUUAUGUUAAGAGAAAGGAAGAAAGAAUGUCGAAUGGUGAGAAGAGAAAGUUGGAAGGGCCCUACGCACCAUCCAAAAAGCCAAACCAUUUUGGCAACAGCAACCAUAUCAAUCAAGAGACAAGAUGGUGUCCCAAGUGCCGCAGCAAACAUCACGGCCUGUGUAGCACCAAUCCUACCCCCACCAAAUGCUUUAAGUGUGGGAAGCCCGGCCACACACGAAGCGAGUGUCCAAUUAAAGGACCCAUAUGUUUUGGAUGCGGGGAACCGGGCCAUUUCAAGAAUGAUUGCCAAAAGUUGAAAUCAGGUGGAAGCCAAGGAAGAAAAGAGGGCGCCCCGAAAGCAACAGGUCGAGCCUUUCAGAUGUCGAGAGAAGAAGCUAAGGCGUCGACGGAUGUAGUGUCGGGUACGUUCCUUGUUAACUCCGUACCUGAUCAUGUACUUUUUGAUUCGGGUGCUUCAUGUUCCUUUGUGUCCACUGCAUUCUAUCAACACUUAUAUACGCCACCUAGUACACUAGAAGAUACAUUAAUCAUAGAGAUAGCAAAUGGUAGUCAAGUUUUGGUGCGCGAAAUUGUUAGAGGUUGUGUUUUGGGGAUUGAAGGAAAGGAAUUUUGGGUGGACCUCAUACCCAUGACUAUAGGCGGAUUCGAUAUCAUAAUCGGGAUGGAUUGGCUAGUUGAGAACCAAACAGAAAUCUUAUGCUCUAAAAAGCUGAUCCGAAUCCCUUUGCCGAGCGGGGACACAAUGCUAACUUAUGGAGAAGAAAGGAAAGGGAAUGUAGUACUCUUAUCCAUGGCAAAGACACGUAAGUGCCUAGUUAAAGGAUGUUCCUCAUUCAUUGCGUAUGUGUUAGACACCAAGCUAGAGAUAAGGAAAAUUGAAGACGUGAAGAUAGUCAAUGAAUUUCUUGAUGUGUUCCCUGAAGACCUACCCGGAUUACUGCCUGAUAGACAAGUGGAGUUCCGGAUCGACCUCAUCCCGGAACCGCUCUAA